GUGAAUGACAGAGAAAGAUGAGGUUCAGUCUGCGCUGCAAGGAACUUGUUGAAGCAUACGCAGCUUCAUCAAUGUGAUGACCUAUGAUUUCCAUGGAGCUUGGGAGCGAUCCACUGGACACAACAACCCACUGUACCGUGGCUCACAUGACAGUGGUGAUCUUGUCUACUUCAACACUUAAUCCAGUGAAGUUGUGAAAAGUGAUUUCAUGAUGACCAGGCUCACAAUUCUAGCAGGGCUAUGUCUGGUGAUAUGCCAGCUGGGAUCUGCCACCCAGAUGAUAUGUUACUUCACCAACUGGUCGCAGUACAGACCUGGUGAGGGGAAGUACAUGCCACAAGAUGUGGACCCCUUCCUGUGCACCACCCUGAUCUACGCCUUCUCCAUCAUUAACAGUAACAACGAGCUGGUUACCUAUGAGUGGAAUGAUGAUGUCCUCUACAAGUCUUUCAAUGGCCUGAAGUCCAAAAAUCCUCAUCUGAAGACUCUUCUGGCUGUUGGUGGAUGGAACUUUGGUUCAGGACAAUUCUCCAUCAUGGUGUCCACUCCAGCCAAUCGUCAGAAGUUCAUCCAGUCUACUAUCAAAUUCCUGAGGACUCAUGGAUUUGAUGGUCUGGAUCUGGACUGGGAGUACCCUGGUGCUCGUGGAAGUCCUCCAGAGGACAGACAGCGGUUCACUCUGCUCUGCAGGGAGCUCAAUGUAGCCUACGCAGCUGAGGCAAAGGCCACCAGCAAUCCUCAGCUCAUGGUGACUGCUGCAGUGUCUGCUGGAAAGGGAACUAUUGAUGCUGGAUAUGAGAUUGCUGAGAUUGCCAAGGAACUGCAAUUCAUCAAUGUGAUGACCUACGACUUCCAUGGAACUUGGGAAAGGUUCACUGGACACAACAGCCCACUGUUCCGCGGAUCCAAGGACCAUGGUGACCUCAUCUACUUCAACACCGACUAUGCCAUGAAAUACUGGAGGGACAACGGCACCCCAGUGGAGAAGCUAAGAAUGGGAUUUGCAGCUUAUGGUCGUACCUUCCGUCUGACAUCAUCAAACACUGCUGUUGGAGCCCCAGCUAGCGGCCCUGCAUCAGCCGGACCAUUUACACGUGAAGCUGGAUUCUGGGCCUACUAUGAGAUCUGUGGCUUCUUGAAGGGCACCACCCUUCAGUGGAUUGAUGACCAGAAAGUUCCCUAUGCCACCAAGAACAACGAGUGGGUGGGAUUCGACACCAGGGAGAGCUAUGAGACCAAGGUGCGUUAUCUGCAGGAGCAGAAGUUCGGUGGUGCCUUUGUGUGGGCCCUCGAUUUGGAUGACUUUGCAGGACGAUUCUGCGGAGAGGGCGCUCACCCUCUGUUGUCUCAUCUCCACAAACUUCUUGCUAUUGAACUGCCCCCACUGCCCCCUACCACCACCCCCAAACCUGGUGCUAGCACCACAUCCCCUCCAACCACCACCACCACCACCACCACCCACGCCCCAGGAUCUGGCUUUUGCAAUGGAAAACCUGACGGCCUGUACCCACACGCAGAGGACAGCAACAGCUUUUACAUGUGCGCUGGCGGAAUCACCCAUGUGAGCAAAUGCGGAGGCGGAUCUGUGUUUAAUGACAGCUGCAAGUGUUGCGCCUGGCCAUGA